AAAAACUACACAGAAAUUAAAACAUAAUCCUCAUCACAAGACACAAAAAGAAAUUAAUUAAAAAACAUGUCUAAACCCGGUCUAGUAGUGCCACCCGCUGCUAGGAACAACCACCACCCAAAGCCGCCGCAGCGCGGCGGCCGGAGAAUGGCGGACGACAACGCCCUCAAGAAGCAAGUCCAGUCGACGCACGAAUACGAUGGCCGGGAGGUCGACGUCGAGUCCAUUCUCGUCAUCAUCAAGAACAUCCUCGACCUCGUCUCCCCCGGCAUCGACGGUGUCCUCAAUGGCUCGAAUCAUCGCGCCGAUGUAGUCGAGGAGACCGCCGCCCUCACCGGCAUUGUCGAUGGCUUCGACGACUCCGUCGCCUACUUGCUUGGCAAGAUCUCGUGCGAGUUCUCUUGCAAAUGUUCGGGAUUAGACGCCAAUGCGUCAACGAUGGAAAUACUCAACAUGGUGUCGGGAUACGCUUGGGAUGCGAAGGCCGUGUUGGCAUUGGCGUCGUUCUCGGCCAACUACGGCCAAUUUUGGCUGAUUGCGAACAACUUCACAACCGAUCCGUUGGCGAAAUCCGUGGCCGUACUCAAGGAGCUCGUCGACAUCUUCGAGAACUCGAACUCAAUCAAGUCACGAUUCGAUACGAUCAACAAUCUCGUCAAAGUUUCGUUGGAGCUAACCCGAUGUGUGUCGCAGUUCAAUCAGCUCCCGUCGAAAUACAUUACGGAGGAAUCGAAGCCCUUGGCCGAGGCCACGGCGUCGGUCCCUCUCGCCGUGUAUUGGAUCAUUCGAAGCCUUGUGGCCUGCACCGCGCAAGUCAUCGAAAUUCUCGGGUCUUCUAGCAAAACGGUUUCGAUGGCUGCCGAAACUUGGGAGCUCUCGAGCUUGGUCGAACGGCUGUCGACGAUCCAAAAACAUCUCAAGACACAGUUAAACCUCUGCAAUCGAUACAUUGAUGAGAAGAAGCACAACGAGUACUUCCAAGCGAUCGUUAAUCUGUUCCAAACGACGCCUCAUUUCGACAACCAGCGCGUACUGAAGCAGCUGAUUUACUCGAGGGAUGAUCAGCCUCCACUCGUCGCCGGCGCAGGAAAGAAGUCGAAGGUCGGUGUUGAAGCUCUGAGAGGGAAGACGGUGCUGCUGCUGAUAUCCGAUCUCGAGAUCUCGCACGACGAGAUUCGAUUACUCGACGGCAUGUAUUUAGAGUCGAGGGCUCGACCGGAGCUUAAUUACGAUAUUGUGUGGCUACCGUUGGUCGAAAACGCGACGUCUAUGACGGAGGAACUCGAGCACCGAUUCGACGAGCUUCGAUCGAUGAUGUCAUGGAACAUGCUGCAGCACCCGAGCAUGAUCGAGCCAGCGGUGGCGCGGUACAUCAAAGAGGCGUGGCGAUACUCGAAGAAACUGAUCGUCGUCACGUUGGAUCCUCAGGGGAGAGUCGCGAACCCGAACGCAGUCCACAUGGUUCGGAUUUGGGGGAAUUCGGCGUACCCGUUCAGCGACUCGAAGGAGUCGUCGUUGUGGGACGCCGAGACGUGGAGCUUUGGGCUCGUGAUCGACAGUAUUGACGGUGUAAUCAUGUCAUGGACGAACGAAGAACCGAGCCCGAUAAUCUGUUUAUACGGCGGCGAGAACGAGGGUUGGAUACUGAAAUUCGUCGAGACGACCCGCAGCGUCGCGGCCGCGGCGCAGAUAAGGCUCGAGAUGGCGUACAUCGGGAAUGGCGCGACGAGGGAGCGAACGAGACGGCUCAGCGACGUCGUGACGAGGGAGCGACUCGGACAUUGCGUGAGCGAUUUUACGACGGCGUGGUUCUUCUGGGCGCGGAUCGAGAGCAUGAUGCACUCAAGGCUACGUCACGGCGGGACUAUCCCAACAGAGACCCGGCCGGGCGACGGGAUUCUUGCUGAGGCGAUGAACAUGCUGACGUUCGUCGGCGACGAGGGGCAGGGGUGGGCCGUGUUUUUCGACGGAUCGGAAAUCGGGGACGGCGAGAUGGCGCGGGGGAAGGGGGAGGCGAUGAUGGAGGCGUUGACGGCGUUUAGGGAGUGGUCGGAGGUCGCCGGAGAAAAGGGGUUUGUGGCGGCGCUUAACGACUACUUGCGGGGACAUCACACAACGAAGCAUUGUAAUCGGCUCGUGCUUCCGGGGAUCGAAGACGUGCCGGAAAUGGUGGUGUGUACCGAGUGCCGUAAGCCGAUGGAGAAGUACUUCAUGUACCGGUGCUGCACCGACUGACGGCGGCCGGACGGCGGCGUUUGGGUUGUUGGUUGUGUGUGUAUGAAGUUUAUGUGUUGUUGUGUUGUGAUGAAUAAAUUGUAGGAUUGUUGUAAGGAAGGCUGUUUGGGUUAUAGGCCAUGUUGUGGUGUGUUUGAUUUUGGGUCUUGUUUACUUCAGUCGGUUGUUAUAAUUUGUUAUGAUUGUAAGUUUGGUGGGUUAAUGUUAAAUAAAUCCUA